AUGGUAGUACUCGAACCAAUUUCAACUUCUCCAGUUCAAGAAUCCACCAAAGAAAAGUCAAGUACUGCAACAAUGGGAGAGGAAUCACUUUACGGACCCGGAAAUACUGUUGAAUCCGCAACGACUGUGACUUCCGAAAACGAUUCUGAUGGGUACGAAACCGCCAGCGAAACUGAGAUAAAUGACGCCGAUCGAGAACCGGAAAACAACAACAAUACUGUUGGAAACCAUGAUAAUGGUGAUGAUCUCGUAAGGCGUGACGUCAAGGAAGAAGAAGAACGAAAGGAGGAAAGUGAAUCCGGAGGCAAUGAACUCAAUGAGAAAGCCUUGGCACAAGCGAAUGAUGCAAAACUUGAGGGCAAUUCUUUAUUUAAAUCUGGACUAUAUGAAGAAGCGCUGUUAAAGUACGAGCUCGCAGUACAAGUUGCACCAGAUGGGCCUUCCUCUGCUGAAAUAUGUUCUAUUUGCCAUGCAAAUCGAGCCGCUUGUUUCUCCAAACUGGGAAAAUUUGAAGAGACAAUCAAGGAAUGUACGAAGGCAUUAGAUCUAAAUUCUACGUACCUAAGAGCACUGCAAAGAAGAGCGGAGGCACGCGAAAAGCUUGAACAAUACGAAGAGGCUAUUUCUGACAUGACAAAAAUCUUGGAAUUGGAUCACUCAAAUGACCAAGCUAGGAGAAGCAUCAUUCGGUUAAAACCAUUAGCAGAUGAAAAGCGUGAAAAGAUUAAGGAAGAGAUGAUUGGGAAACUGAAAGAAAUGGGAAAUAGCAUUCUGGGUCGUUUUGGGAUGAGCACCGACAACUUCAAAGCUGUCAAAGAUCCUAAUACUGGCUCAUAUUCGCUUUCCUUUCAGCGCUAG